AUGCCGCCUAAAAAAGUACCAAGAAUAUCUGGUGAACCAAAAACUUUGCGAAGCCGUACCAAAAAAAGAAGCCUCGAUGAUAAAAAUAACCCAAAACUUAAAGUUACAAUUCCAUUGCAAAAUGUUCCAGAUAGUGUCAAAAUCCCGGCUAGAGAUGUAAUGCCAAUGCUUGGCAAGAAUGAUAUCAAAAUUAUGCUAGCCAAUGAAGUUGUUAGACGACAAUUUCCAAAGAAAAGAUUGCUUGUAGAGGAGCCAACUGAAACAACAAAUACAAAAAAGGUUAAAAUUAACAAAACUGUAGCGAAGAAAAAACCUGUAUUAAAUAGAAAGAGAUUGUUAAGAAAAGAUAAGGUGUCCAAUGAAAUUUUAGGAGAAUCUUUACAAGGAAAGAAUAAAAGAAGAGCUGUGGCUAAGAAAAAUACAAUUAUUAUUGAAAGUGUACAAUGCAAUGGGAGUCCAGAUCCACUCCUGGCAAAAACUGAAGAAAUCCCACAAGAAUCUGACAAGGAAGAAUCUAAAAAUCCAAUCCCUGUCAAAGGAAAGAGAACCCUUAAAAAAACUUUAUCAGUUACAGGUGCUAACAAAUCAGUUAAAGAAAAUAGCCAAGUAAUCACUCUGAAUACUAUUUCUAAACGUAAACUGCCUCUCAAUCGAAAAUCUGCAGUAGGACCUGGACCAAAAACUCGAAAAAAAGCAGCUGAUGUAACUACAGAAAAAGGUGUAGUUCCAGAAGAACCGAAAGUUGAUACUAAAGUUGGUACUGAAAAGGACUCGCUUAACACAAGAAGAUGUUCUAUAGUGAGCUCUGAAUUUUCAUGGACUAAAGACAUAUCUAGUUCUAGUACAUCAACUUGUGUUACUGUUUCAUCCAAAGAUUUUUUUCGUAUCGACAAUAAAAUUCCGGUGAUCAAACUUACUAAUAUUGAUCGGCACAUGAAAAGUGAUGAUAAUAGUAUAUGUGUUAGUGUGAUAGGAGACACUGAAAAUAACGCUAAGAGUGAUCUAGAAAAUAAUGCUGAAAAACACGUAGUAGAUGACGGUGUCCAUGAAACUGCUUUUCCAUUAAAUAUGAGCUCUUCAUCAUCAGAGAGUAGCUCCGAUGAAGAGGAGGAACCCCAAAACAAUCAAAAUACAAGCAAAGUAACAAGUACUUUAGAAAAAUUGGCUUCAAAAUUAAAGAAUUUCGACUUGGAAAUUAUUAACUGGAUAGGUUACACAGACAAAAAUGCAAACAGUGAUAUAACAAAAUUUCAAGAUAAGUUAUUUAGUGAAAACUUUUUGUACGAAGAAAGAGAUGUAAUAUUACGCUGUCAGAGUAUAACUAAGAUUUUAUCAGAUCAUAGACCAGAUAUAGAUGAAAGUGAAAAAGAAAAUUGUGAAAGACAACAUGAAACUAAUGUUAAUUUAGACCAUUAUAUUAAAAAUAAAUCAGAUAAAAGUACAGAUACAGAAGAAAAUUUAAGCGACCAAGAAAGGAAACCAGAUCAGUUAGAAGAUAAGUCUGUUCAUAACAACACAUAUAACAACGAUGAAGACGACGCUUUAUCUUUGUACGCUGAAAGUAUAACUGAUAUGGAAUCGCCAAGGAAUUGGUGUCAGAAACCCCGAGAACAUAAUACAGAAGAAUAUGUUCCUUUACCAGUCAAAGAUGUAUUUAAAAAACCCGAAACAAUAACGUAUAAACCGACAAAAAUCAAGAGACCUCUACUAAAAGAUCCUGAAAACGUGAACGAAGUAACGGUCUGUGAGAAGUCAAAUGCAGAUUCAACGUCUAUGUAUCGUGAAAAUAACGAUAGCACUUCUGAAGAAAAUAUAGUUAUUUACGAAGAUAGAAACGGCGAUGGAGAAAAGACUAAGUCAAAUUUAACACAUAGCGAUUCUAUUUUAACGUGUCUUUAUGAGAAUAGAAGUGAAGUAGAAAAAUCUAAGUCUUUAACAAGUAAAGAUUCUAUUUUAAUGUCUACUUAUGAGGAUAGAAACGAUGUAGAAAAAAGAGCCAAUUCGAUACACAACGAUUCCAUUAUCAUGGGAUCGUCAUUGAAACCGAUACUUGGAGUUCACAGCUUCGUUUUCAAAGGCGUUUGCUUUUUCAACCUAGCGUCUAGUUGUAAAAAUAUAGUUUGCAAAUUUCCACACAAGUAUUUCGAUAAUGAGGAAAUUAAAAAUAGACUGAAAAAAAUAAACGACCAAGAGUUUCAAGAAGAAUUCAUAUUACUCAGAAGCUCGUCGGCACUUAGACGGUUAUAUGGAAUGUGCUUUAUCGAAGAAUGUGUUCGUCGCAAACUAACAAAAGUUUUGGUCGAAAUGACAUUGGAAUUUAUCACGAGAGCGAAUAGCAUUUCUAAUCAGGAUAAUUUAUUAGCGAUAGAAGUAAUAGAAACAACUUUACUAUAUUUGAACAAUAUCGACUUGAGUAUUUGCGAAGAUUUACUGAAGUACAAAGUUAAAUCUAACGUACUCUUAUGCGAUGCGUUCAUUAAUACGAUAGCGAAAUCUCAGAAUUUUUCACGUUUUAAAACAGUUUUUAUUAAUUUGACGGAUUUUAUAUAUAACAUUGGCAGAACUUUUGAUUGUGAUGUUGCGAGUAAUGUGCUAGAACGAGUGUGUAUUUUGCCUUUCGACGAAAAUUUGGCGCGGGCGUUGCUUAAACUUAUUAAAAACACAGAUGUAACUAUUCUUUCUAAUUCAAUGAUGUCUUCAUUUGAACGUCAGUUAUCGUUUUCUAAUAAAGAAUUGUAUGAAGAAUUUCUUAUAUUCAAAGUAGAGAAUUUUACGGAUCUAAGGGUGGCUAAUUGUUACAAUUCACCGCUAAACGAAUCAGAGAGGAUAUCCAACAACUCAGGGCUUUCCGAUAAUGAUAUCAGAUAUUCACCGGAUACCACCAAUUUGGAUAGUUUGAAUAAAAUUCCCAUCGAGCCGAAAUUCACUAGAACUAUAGAUCUUAAUAAAUUGAAACUUUUCAAUGAUGUAUCAAAUUCGAGCUCUGCAGAUAGUGAUGCCAAAUUUUCUACAAGAAAUAAUAUCAAAAUGUGGCCGAGUAAUAACAAAAGGCAACUACUAAGAAAUCCGAAUAUGCGCCCGCCAUUACGACCAGCGUAUAAAAGAAGAUCUGAUCAACAAUUUCAUGGAAGUCCUAGUAAAUAUCCACGAAGAAAUGGACCCACAUUCUUU